AUGCGGUGUUUUGUUUUUGGUUUGCUCAUUAUUUUACAAAGCUCAACAAUAUUGACUCAAGUGUGUGUGGAAACUCAAAUGCGUUACCGAGAUGUUCCCGAGACAUACAACUACACAUAUCUGGAGGCUUACGAGAAGUCCUUCUGUCUCUUCUGGUGCACUGACACGAGGGUCGCUACGGCAGUAGCCACGAGAACUGUUCGGAAAUUGGUACCGGAGCAAGUAAAUGUAUGCUGCGAAGGUUACAUCCAAGAUGAAACAACAGACAACAACAGCAUUCACUGCAAGCCGUAUUGUUCACCCUCUUGCAUAAACGGCUACUGCAAGUCUCCAGGAGUUUGUACCUGCGACCUUGGCUACAUGCCUGACAUCUUUGAUGCACACAACUGUUCUGCCCUCUGCAUUAAAGGAUGCGAACACGGUACCUGCACAUCACCCAACACGUGCGAAUGUGAUCAAGGAUAUGAACUUAUCAACGACGUAUGCGAACCAAUCUGCUCAGACCCAUGCGAACACGGAGCUUGCGUAGCCCCAGAAACCUGUCAAUGUAUCCCUGGCUACAAGAAAUCUGAAUACAACAUAUGCGAGCCAUAUUGCUCCGGCUACACCGCAAUCGGUGAAUGUAUUGUCACGAUCACUUGUGAACCAGGCUGGGAAAAAGUAUUCAAUGGCCAAAUGGAAGUAUGCGAACCGUAUUGCUCAAAACCUUGCGAAAACAGCACGUGUGUAGCCCCGGACACUUGUGAAUGCUUGCAUGGAUACGAAAAGUCUUUCUACGAGAUACGGUCGCUGGACCAUAUUUGUCAGCCUAUAUGUUCUGGUUGUGAGCACGGUACCUGCGUAAGUCCACAAACGUGUGUUUGCGACCCUGGAUGGUACAAAAUGGAGUCAAGCGGGACAUGCCUGCCGCACUGCGAUGAGAAAUGUGAUAACGGGCGGUGCGUGGCUCCGAAUACCUGUGAAUGCCUACCGGGAUACGAAGAUAAAAAUAACACUGGGUGCGUUCCGGUCUGUGAGAAAUGUGAAGGUAGCUGCGUUGCUCCCAAUACGUGUGUUUGUGAACCCCCAGAGGAAGCGAUGCUUGUGAAUGAAGAAGGUGCGCCGUGUGAUUGUACUGAAAACUGUUCUGUUGAACCUAAUAGAUGUGAAAGAACAGUAUGUGUGCUAACUACUACAGAGAGUGUGGCUACAACUGAGCACGUGGAAGAUGUUGAAGAGACGACAAAGUCGACAAUUCUGAGUACAACUGUGGUUCCGAUAGAUUUGAACACAGUUGACAAGCCGAACAGUGAUCCUAAUGUAUUAGUAAUUGAAAAAGUAUCUUGGUAA